AUGAAGCCGGCGCCUCUCUUUUUCUCUUCCCCCGCCCUCCUUCCGGUUCGUCCCUCCUCCCGCCCCGGCAGUGCUUUUGCGUGGCGUUUUCUUGCCCCCCCCCCUCAUCCCUGGCUGCUCCUCCCGCUCCUUCUCCUCCCGCCGUCACUUCCGCUGGGGCCGGAGCCAAGAGAGGGCGAAGCGGCUGCAGCCGGAGAGGAGCUCAGCGCCAGCGGCCCCGGAGGUAGGCAGGGAGGGCCCGCCGGGGCUGCCUGCUCAACGAGCCCCCGAGCGACCCCACUACCCCUGAAGGGUUAAAUGCUUGCGUUGCUCUAGGGGAGCGAGGGGGUGUCAGAGCCCCUUUGCCCCCACUGCUUGUGGGGAGGAGGGUCAUGGGAGAGAGACCCUGCCAGCUUGCUUACCUUACUUAUGGGGCAGGGAGGGCUGUAGGGAGCCCGCUUUGCCCGCCCCUUGGGGAGGGAAGUCUAUGAAAGACCCCCCCCCACCUCCUUGCCUGGCUGUACUUGGAGGUUGGAGGGCAGAUAUCCCUACCCCACCUCGCCUGCUUAUGGGGAGGAGGGUCGUGUAGGAGGGUCGUGCUUGCUCAGCUAUGGGGUGGGCAGGUUGUAAGAAGCUCUCUCUCUCUGCCCUCCCUUGGGGGCCCGUGACAGACUGCCUGCCUGGGGGGCAAUAGGGGAUAUCCACUCCCCCACCCAUCGGUCUGUCCGGUUAUGUGGGGUGAGGUGGGGCAGUAGGAGACCUGUCCAUCUGCCCUUGAGGAGGGGGGUCCGUCUGCCUGCCUCUCUUACCUAUCCGUACAUAAUCUUCAGGCUAGAGGAGAUUGCUCCCCCCCCACCCCACGUCUGCCUGCUUAUGGGGAGAGGGGCUAUUAGGAGACCUUCCUCCUUGCUUGCUGUCUACCCCUUGGAGGGGUCUGUAAGAAACACCUCCCUCCCCGCCGCCGCCGCCCUCUCAGUCUGUUCUUGGAGAUUAAGGAAUAUAGGAGAUUACUCCCCUGCUGCCACCUGCCUGAUGGCCUGCCUGCUUAUGGGGAGGGGAGCAACAGGAGACCCUGCCUGUCCAUCUGCCCUUGAGGAGGGGACUGUAAGAGACACCCCCCCCCCCCAAAUUCUUGUCUCUAUGCAUUGGGGGCAACAGGGAUAGACCUUUACUUGCCUGUCUAUAUUAUAUCUAUGGGGAGGGGGCAGUAGGAAGCCUGGCCUGCCCCUCAAUGGGGAAGGGGCUGUAAAAGACACUGUGCCCGUGUUUGUGCAUGGAGGUGGGGAGCCGACCUCCUUAUGGGAAAGGAGGAGAAUAGGAGAUUGGCUGCCCUGCCAAGGGGGUCCCCACUUCCUAAGUGUUAUCUGGAGAGCCCCAUUGCACAACUCUUUGCUCCCCCCCCCCAUGCCCUCACAGUCCAGGUCAGGUCUUAAACUCCCCCUCCCCAGACACCCGUGAAAGCCUUUUAAUAGUGAUGGGUCAAUUGUCCUACCUCUUGUUUGUGUGUAUGUUUCUGUGAGCUUUACAAUAUUAAGUUUUUUGGGGGUGGGGAGUGUGAUUUGGGCUCUGGUCCAACCACUGCAUCUGUUUCUAAUCACUGGCUUGUGCUUCUUUUCAAAAAAGGCUACAAGCCAGUGAUCCCUGAGCGUGCACAAAGUGUAUUUGAUUAAGAGAAAAUGGGUGUCAUGAUUUUGGAAGAUAUUACCAGUCUCCAGUCAAGGCUUGAGUCUUGUUUUCUUUUCCCUAGAAAUACCUUAGUUGCUGGGAAUGGCCUGGCUUGGUCAGUUGGGCAACAAAUUACCAACAGGCUAGUGUGUUUUUCUGGUCUUACAGCGCAAAGGUCAAUAGGCUCACUCCUCAACCUCUGACAUGUUCCUGGGUCAGGGGCUCUGCUUCUUUUUAAAACAUCCAAGGUUGUGUAAUGCAUUUGUGUUGUGGCAGCAUUUUGUGUGUGUGGGAGGGGGAAUCUAGGCCCUUUAGAUUUCACUGGGUUACAGCUCCCAUGGUCUCUGACCAUUGACCAUUCUGGCCUAGGCUGAUGGGAGUCCAGUAAAGGUAAAGCGACCCCUGACCAUUAGGUCCAGUCGUGGACGACUCUGGGGUUGGGGCGCUCAUCUCGUUUUAUUGGCUGAGGGAGCCGGCGUACAGCUUCCGGGUCAUGUGGCCAGCAUGACUUCUGGCGAACCAGAGCAGCACACGGAAACGCCGUUUACCUUCCCACCAGAGCGGUACCUAUUUAUCUACUUGCACUUAGACGUGCUUUCAAACUGCUAGGUGGGCGGGAGCAGGGACUGAACAACGGGAGCUCACCCCAUCGCGGGGAUUCGAACCGCCAACCUUCUGAUCGGCAAAUCCUAGGCUCUGUGGUUUAACUGACAGCACCACCCGCGCCCCAGGAGUCCAGUAGUACCUGGCAAUUUACUACCCCUUUAAAGGGGUAACUGCACACAUAGUGUAUGUGUGUGUUUUAGGGGGAAAACACUAUUGACUAUUAAGAGCACACGUAGAAUUGCAGAGUUGAGAGGAACUCCAAGGGUCAUCCAACCCCCUGCAAUGCAGGAAUCACAGCACAUAAGAGACAAUCCAUGAACUGGAACAUAAGAAUGUCCCUUUUUUUUCUUUUUGUACGCUCAGCUGAGCUAUGAUUGGUGCCAUGCAGUUGUCUAUCAAGCACACCCUUGGUGGUAUAGGAAAAUAGGAAGCUGCCUUAUUGGUCAGACCUUUGGUCCAACUAGCUCAGUAUUGCCAACACUGACAGGCAGUGGCUGUCCAGAGUUUUAGGUGGGGUCUUUCCCCCAGCCCUACCUGGAGAUGCCAGGAGUUGAACCUGCAUUCAAAGCAGAUGCUCUUCCCAGUCCUGGCCUUUUGUGAUGUAACGUGUUCAGUGCUGUAAAGAAUAUAGAGGCAGGGAAGUUCCUGGUGCAAAUCUCACCUCUGUCGUUUGCUAGAGAUUGUAGCUCUAUGGGAGCUCUCAGCAACCUUAACAAACUACAGUUCCCAGGAUUCUUUCUGGGGGGAGGAAGCCACGACUUUUAAAGUGGCGUUGGAGUGCUUUAGGUCAUUGUCAUGGUACUUCCAAGUGGUCGCUAGAUCUUCCUGCUGCUGCCUUUAAUUGGAUGUGUGUGGAUGGACACUCACUUGGUUCGGUUGCUGCAAUAAGUAAGAAUCACAUUGAAAUGAACAGGCAGCUAAGUUUUCCUGGAUUUGCCCCACCCCAACCAUUUCCCCUUAAGCCACAAGUAACUAACUUGAGAAUAUGUAGGUGAGCAGGCAAACAAGGUAAAGAGUUGUGGACUAAACUUACAGCACUGUUUUCUCCCUGAGAUCUGGUUUUCUCUCUCUCUCUUUUGUUUGAACCAUUGUGCUUGAUUUUCUUGUUCUUUCAUCCCAGUCCUUUUAUAGGUGUGAGGGUAAUAAUGCAUGCCUGUUAGGCAAAUUCUUCACCUUAACACUCUAAAUAGUCAUUCCCCCAACCUGGAGCCCUCCGGAUGUUUUUAGACUACAACUUCCAUCAUCCACAGACAGAAUGUGCUUGUUGUAGAUGAUGGGUGUGGUAAAGGUAAAGGGACCCCUGACCGUUAAGUCCAGUCGCGGAUGACUCUGGGGUUGCAGUGCUCAUCUUGCUUUAUUGGCUGAGGGAGCAGGCAUAUAGCCUCCGGGUCAUGUGGCCAGUAUGACUAAGCUGCUUCUGUUGAACCAGAGCAGCACACGGAAAUGCUGUUUGCCUUCCCGCUGGAGUGGUACCUAUUUAUCUACUUUGACGUGCUUUCGAACUGCUAGAUUGGCAGGAGCUGGGACUGAGCAACGGGAGCUCCGUCACAGGGAUUCGAGCCACCGACCUUCUGACCUGCAAGCCCAGGGCUCAGUGGUUUAGACCACAGCACUACCAGCAUCCCUGAUGGGUGUUGUAGUCCCAAACAAUUGAAGGGCCUCAGGUUGGGAGAAGGUUGUUUUAAACAUUGUCGAGGAACGCGUGUUGCAGUCCUUUGUGUGUCUGCUCAAAGUUACUCAAAGGGAAUCAUUGAGCUAUAUAUUAUGCGGCUGUUCAUCUUAGUCCUGUGUUCGCAAAAAGCAGUUCCGUGGAAGAAAUCCCUCUGCUUCGUAUCGCGUGUUUAAUGUCAAUUCUUGCCUGUUUUGGGGAUUGUUGGUCUCUAAGCCUGUAGUUCUAGCUAGCGGACUUUCAACUCCCUCACACAGGUAGUGGGGAGUUGUUUAAGAAUUUGCUGCAAAGGCAACUGACCUGUAGGGUGAACUCUGCUUAUUUGUGUUUUUAGGAAUUGCAAGCCACUGAUAACUCUCUGCCCCCCUUCAUCUUUGUAACAGCCCAGUUGUGUGAGAUCUGCUUAACAAAUUAUUUGGUUAUCUCCCUCUGUUUCUGAACUUCCCUGGUCUGUGCCGUUGUUCACAUAACACAAAUGACGCAUUCCUUGUUGAAGAGGGAAGUAUUGGCAGGCUUGAAUCCCAAGUUUUGAAAAAGCAAAUUACUUUUUUAAAAAAGAAAACGGGCUAGGAGAAGCCCCCCAAAGGGGGUAAAUGCAGACUGUUACAUAGACUCUCCCUUGUAAACAAACAAAAAAUCAGCCUGCAGGUGGAAAACUGGCCUGCUGCGCUAGAUUUCUACUUGCAAGGAAUUCCUCCUCCACAUAGCAAGAACUUCAAAAAAUGUGAUUCUCCACCUCCAGUUUGGGAAGUGGCAUAGUCUGCUGUGGCAUCUUGGGCCUCUACCACCUGAUGUUUCUGCUUGCCUAGGCCAGCUCUGAAGAACAUCGAGGGAAAGCUACUUUUUGGUUUCCCAACACCCUGAGUUGCUGCUUUGCAGCUGGGCUUGCAGAUGACUCAAGGGAGAUGCUUGCCUAUUUUCAGGCUUCGAGGAAAGCUGCUUCCUCUGGAGGUUCUCCUUUCUCUGACUUCUCUGUUCCCUUCCUCGUAAUUACAAAACAACCUCUGCCUCGUGACUCGCUGUUCUCCCAGCACUAAACUUAGAUAAAAACAUUAAGCCAGCCCUUGCCAACCUGACACCCUCCAGAUGUUUUUGGGCUGCGAUGCCCAUCAAACCCAGCCAGCGUGGGGCUGAUGAGAGUUGCAGUCCCAAACUUCUGGAGCCUACCAUUUUGUGAAUUCUCAUGUUGUUGUUUAGUCGUUUCAUCGUGUCCGACUCUUCGUGACCCCAUGGACCAGAGCACGCCAGGCACUCCAGUCUUCCACUGCCUCCCGCAGUGUGGUCAAACUCAUGCUGGUAGCUUCGAGAACACUGUCCAACCAUCUCGUCCUCUGUCGUCCCCUUCUCCUUGGGCCCUCCAUCUUUCCCAACAUCAGGGUCUUUUCCAGGGAGUCUUCUCUUCUCAUGAGGUGGCCAAAGUAUUGGAGCCUCAGCUUCAGGAUCUGUCCUUCCAGUGAGCACUGAGGGCUGAUUUCCUUCAGAAUGGAUAGGGUUGAUCAUCUUGCAGUCCAUGGGACUCUCAAGAGUCUCCUCCAGCACCAUAAUUCAAAAGCAUCAAUUCUUCGGCGAUCAGCUUUCUUUAUGGUCCAGCUCUCACUUCCAUACAUCACUACUGGGAAAACCAUAGCUUUAACUAUACGGACCUUUGCUGGCAAUGCCAACUUCCCUUUUGAGUGAAAACGGGUAGCAAAGAGAGUCUGGCAUCCCCGACUUGGUGCCUUCCAGAUGUUUUGGGUUGUAGCUGCCCUUCGAGCCAACCAAUGUGUCAUAGGCUGAAAAACUCUGAUCUCGAGGGCACCAGGUUGCAGAAGCUACCAUGGACCAUUUGUCCAUUGAGCCCAGAAGGCCUGAGAGGGAGAUUUCCUUUCCCCCAGACCUGCUGUUGAAGAACCUGUGAAUGGCACCUGCAGCCAGAAGUGGCUAACCUUGUAACUGUCCAGAGGUGGUGGGCUCCCAUAAGCCACAGCAGCCAGCUUGACCAGGGGCAGGGGGCCGUCAGAGUUUUAGUACAGCAUCUGCAGCAAGGAUAGCCAACGUUGUGCCCUACAGCCAUCAUCAGUCCGAGUUGGGGUAAUAGGAGUUGUAGUCCAACAACUUCUGGCUGCCCCCACAGGUCUCCUGAGCCCCUGCCUUAAGUCAAGGGCUCUAUCACUUUUAGAAGAUAACAAGUGCUGGAUGAAUCAGGCCCAUCUGGUCCAGCAUCCUGUUCUCGCAGUAGACAAUCAGGUGACUCUCUGCACAAGAGCACUCUCCUCCCUUGUGGUUUCUUGGCAACUGGUAUGUAGAAGUAUCGCUGCCUUUGACAAUAAUAAUAAUAAUAAAAUUUAUUUAUACCCCACCCUCCCCGGCCAGAGCCGGGCUCAGGGCGGCUAACACCAAUAAAGUCACAGUAAAAACAUUUGUUGUUGUUUAGUCGUUUAGUCGUGUCCGACUCUUCGUGACUCCAUGGACCAGAGCACGCCAGGCACUCCUGUCUUCCACUGCCUCCCACAGUUUGGUCAGACUCGUGUUUGUAGCUUCGAGAACGCUGUCUAACCAUCUCGUCCUCUGUCAUCCCCUUCUUCUUGUGCCCUCAAUCUUUCCCGACAUCAGGGUCUUUUCCAGGGAGUCUUCUCUUCUCAUGAGGUGGCCAAAGUAUUGCAGCCUCAGCUUCACGAUCUGUCUCUCCAGUGAGCACUCAGGGCUGGUUUCCUUAAGAAUGGAUACGUUUGAUCUUCUUCAAGUCCAUGGGACUCUCAAGAGUCUCCUCCAGCACCACAGUUCAAAAGCAUCAAUUCUUCGGCAAUCAGCCGUAUCAGUAAAAACAUAAGAGGAGAAAAAGAUGGGGGGGGGGACCCACAAUUUUAAAUACAGAUUAAAAUGCAAUUUAAAAUGCAGCCUCAUUUUAAAGUAGCUGAUAAAUCAAGACCAUAAAGGGAGGGAAACAUAAGGGUCAGACCGAGUCCAAACCAAAGGCCAGGUGGAACAGCUCUGUCUUGCAGGCCCUGCGGAAAGAUGUCAAGUCCCCCAGGGCCCUAGUCUCUUGUGACAGAGCGUUCCACCACGUCGGGGCCAGUGCUGAAAAGGCCCUGGCCCUAGUUGAAACCAAUCUAACCUCCUUGAGGCUCAGGACCUCCAAAGUGUUGUUAUUUGUGGACCUUAAGGUCCUCUGUGGGGCAUACCAGGAGAGGCAGUCUCGUAGGUACGUGGGUCCUAGGCUCCAUAGGGCAGAGCAUAGCCAUCAGGACUAGUAGCCACUGAGAGCCUUGCUUCUCCGUGAAUUUAACUUUUAAACAAACUCUUCUAAAGCCACCCAAGUUGGUGGCCAUCGCUGCCUCCUGUGGCAGUGAGUUCCGCAGUUCUGUCUUCCCUGAAUCUUCCCACAUUCAGCUUCCUUGGAUGUGCCCGACCUCCAGUGUUAUGACAGAGGGGGGGAGAAAUACAUUCCUCUGUCUACUUUCUCUGUGCCGUGCAUCAUUUUCCUAUAUUGUCUCCUCUUAACUCCCCCUUAACUUCCCCAAACUGAAAAGUCCCAAAGCUGGCAGCAUUUCCCAGUGAUCCCCUUGAUCACUUUUAUCACUUUGCUAGCCCUUUUCUGAACCUUUUCCAACUCUUAGAAUAUCCUUUUUGCGGUGUAGCAACCAGAACUGUACUCACGGUGUUCCAAAUGCAGCCACACCGUGGAUUUCUUAGAAGGGCAUUACGAUAUUGGCCUCCUUGUGAUAUCCUUCAGUCCUCGAAGACACAGAAAAGGUGACUAGCAAGUGUGCUGCUGUCUAUAUUCUGACACAACUGAUCCAUGUUCCCCCCACCCCACGCACACUCCGCUUGUGAAUCAUCUUUUCAUCCUGGAGACCAGAAGAUGUUAUUUGCAGACCUGCUGUUAACAGAACAUGUUUUUAAAACUGGGAAAGCGAGAGAUAAAUUGUAUUUAUUUAUUAAAUGAAAUGAAAUAAUUAAAUAACUGAAACAUUUAUAUACCACUAUGUCAUGGGUGGCGCUGUGGGUUAAAUCACAGAGCCUAGGACUUGCUGAUCAGAAGGUCGGCGGUUCGAAUCCCUGCUCCUGCCAACCUAGCAGUUCGAAAGCACAUCAAAGUGCAAGUAAAUAAAUAGGUACCACUCCGGCGGGAAGGUAAACGGCAUUUCCGUGCGCUGCUCUGGUUUGCCAGAAGCGGCUUAGUCAUGCUGGCCACAUGACCCGGAAGCUGUCUGCGGACAAACACCAGCUCCCUCAGCCUAUAGAGCGAGAUGAGCAUCGCAACCCCAGAGUCGGUCACGACUGGACCUAAUGGUCAGGGGUCCCUUUACCUUUAUGUCACGUGGACUGCAAGAAGAUCAAACCAAUCCAUUCUUAAGGAAACCAGCCCUGAGUGCUCACUGGAAGGACAGAUCCUGAAGCUGAGGCUCCAAUACUUUGGCUACCUCAUGGGAAGAGAAGACUCCCUAGAAAAGACCCUGAUGUUGGGAAAGAUUGAGGGCCCAAGGAGAAGGGGACGACAGAGGACGAGAUGGUUGGACAGUGUUCUCGAAGCUACCAGCAUGAGUUUGACCAAACUGCGGGAAGCAGUGGAAGACAGGAGUGCCUGGCGUGCUCUGGUCCAUGGGGUCACGAAGAGUCGGACACGACUAAAUGACAACAUGUCACACACACACACACACACACACACACACACACACACAGCUGGUUUGCAACAAUACCUAUACACAAUAAAAACCACUUAAGAAAUCUAAAAAGCAGAGAUCGUCAACUAGCUGCUACAGAAAGACUUUGGCUGGGACAUGGCAGUUUCCUGGAAGGGGUUUCUCCAGUGAGGUCAUUGCUUCUAAGGCUUUCCCAUUGGAGUGAUGUGGAUUUCACCCACCCCUACGCAGGAGUGAAAGUCGCUGAACAAAUCUGAGCUUCCUUCUCAUAGCUCCCCUUUUGGAUUAUAAAAAAUAUGCUGAUUUGGUCUUCCGAGAUUGCAGUGACCAGCUGCGUCCUUCUAAGUUGCAACAGUGAGGACUCGGAGUACCAGUAAUUAAGGAGGGCGGCUUUGGGUCAGGCUGGACAUCUGUGCAGGACAGGGUUGGCUCUGCACUGUGAAAAUCUCACUCCGGAGACCUUGAACUUACUUGAUUACCACAUUGUUUCCUGAAGACAGUGGAAAGGGAAUAGCAGAUAAACAAGUGAUGUAAUGUGAUGCCUCCUGAAUUUCAAGUCCUCCUGGAAAGUGGUGGUUUCUGUAGCGCCGUGGUGUAUCCAGCGUGGGAUAGAGCAGUGGUUCUCAACCUGUGGGUCCCCAGAUGUUGUUGGACUACAACUCCCAUCAUCCCCUCAGCUCUGGCCUUGCUAGCUAGGGAUGAUGAGAGUUGUAGUCCAACAACAUCUGGGGACCCACAGGUUGAGAACUGCUGGGUUAGAGUGUCAGGCUAGGACCUGAGAGACCAGGGUUCGAAUCCCCACUUGGCCAUGGGUUGGGUGACCUUGGGCCAGUCGCUGCCUCUCACCCUAACCUGCCUCGCAGGGUUGUUGUGAGGAUUCAUUGAGGAGAGGGGCAGAGCUGCACACGCACAUACCACCUUGAACUCCUUGUUGUUGUUGUUGCUGUUGUUGUUUAGCCGUUUAGUCGUGUCCGACUCUUCGUGACCCCGUGGACCAGAGCACGCCAGGCACUCCUGUCUUCCACCGUCUCCCGCAGUUUGGUCAAACUCAUGCUGGUAGCUUCGAGAACACUAUCCAACGAUCUCGUCCUCUGUCGUCCCCUUCUCCUUGUGCCCUCCAUCUUUCCCAACAUCAGGGUCUUUUCCAGGGAGUCCUCUCUUCUCAUGAGGUGGCCAAAAUAUUGGAGCCUCAGCUUCUCCUUAAAGGUACCCCUGCCCGUACGGGCCAGUCGUGUCCGACUCUAGGGUUGCGUGCUCAUCUCACUCUAGAGGCCGUGAGCCAGCGCCGUCCGAAGACACUUCCGGGUCACGUGGCCAGCGUGACGAAGCUGCUCUGGCGAGCCAGCACCAGCGCAGCACACGGAAACGCCGUUUACCUUCCCGCUAUAAAGCGGUACCUAUUUAUCUACUUGCACUUAAGAGUGCUUUCGAACUGCUAGGUGGGCAGGAGCUGGGACCGAACCACGGGAGCUCACCCCGCCGCAGGGAUUCGAACCGCCGACCAUAAAGCGGUACCUAUUUAUCUACUUGCACUUAAGAGUGCUUUCGAACUGCUAGGUGGGCAGGAGCUGGGACCGAACCACGGGAGCUCACCCCGCCGCAGGGAUUCGAACCGCCGACCAUACGAUCAACAAGUCCUAGGCACUGAGGUUUUACCCACAGCGCCACCCGCGUCCCUGCUCAUCUUCUCCUUAGUGGGAUCUAAACUCCUUGAACUCCUUAGUGGGAUCUAAAUGCAAUCAACCCAUGAGUGAGACAGGUCUUUGUCCCAAGCAGCUUACAAUCUGCCCCUCCCUGCUGCUGGCCGAGGAGAAACAGGCGAAGACAGUGUGAGUGUAGUUUUAUUAAAUUUGCAAAUCACUUCUCGUAGCAAUGUUCCGAAGCAAUUUACAACAAUAUAAACGCAGUAAUGAAAAUACACGAAUAUGAUGGCUAUAUGCUGCCUCCGUAUAUGCUGGGGCAAUAAUGCUUCUGAAUACCAGUUGCUGGAAACUUCAGGAAGGGACAAUGCUGUUGUGUUCAGCUCCUGCUUGCAGGUCUUCCACAGGCAUCUGAGUGGCCAGUGUGAGAGCAGGAUGUUGGAAUAGAUGGGCCAUUGGCCUGAUCCAGCAAGGCUGCUCUUCUUUUCUUAGGUUUCAAAGUGUGGUUUCCGAAAGCCUGAAGCUGGCUCAGAUGUCACAGCCAGCCACAUUUUGGUGAAACGUGAGCAAGGCUUGAAUAUCACUUUGGGGUUUCUUUGACAUCAUAUCGUAAUUCCCUCCUCCCUCUUUCUGCUGGUUUUGGUCUGCACGAGCGGAAUAUUUUUUGCUUGCUUGCAGACCCAGGACUGGAAACCAGUCGCAUGCAGUGCAGAUUUGCAAGAAAGUGCAAAGCAUGUUUUUUCCCUGCAUUCAGAUGAUUUCUCAAAAGCUGUGGUUUGCCUCAUAAACCAGGAAAGGGGAAACGGCAGUGAGUGAGCCAUUUGGCUGUAGCUCGGUGGUAGAGCAGCCACCUUGCAUGCAGGUGGUCCUGGGUUCAAUGCCAAGGGUCUCCAGUUAGGGCUGGGAAAAGCCCUUCCCCCAAGCCAUCAAGAGCUGCUGCCCGUCAGUGCAGACAGUACUGUGCCAGAUGGACUAAGGACUUCAGGUAGCUUCCUAUGGUGAGCAAAGUACCAAGCUGUAGAUCGGCCUCAAUGAAUGUCUGAACCAGUCCUUAAGUGUCAGGAAAAGCAGUUCAACAGUGCUUAGUCCGGCUUGGACAGUGGCUUCAAAGGACCAGCUGUGUACUGUGCUCCUCCUUCAGGGAUCCAGUUGCUUUGCUGAAGCUUCGGCCUUUUCUUCUGCUCUGGAGCUCAGAAUUCUCCCAGAGGCUGGUUUUGAAGGAAGACUUCUUUCUGAACCAAAAACAUCCAAGCAUUGACUGUCUUUAGCAGUCCCUCUUUGAAUGCAGUGUCUCUCUGUAAGUUGAUGGUGGUGUUUAUAUAACGCGGGAACAAUCCUAAGCUUCCAGGAACAGGCCUGGGGGGACCCAGGUUUAUGGAGAGCAAUAGACCCACGGUGCUAUUAGCUGGUCUCCUUCUUUCCGUAGAGCUUCUGUAGAUUAUGGCUGCUUCUGUAGAUUAUGGUUGGUUGGAGGAAAGAGGAAGGAAUUAUUCACUGGGCUCAGAAGUCUCCUGACAUUAGUCCUGCUUGCUAAUAGAAAUAAUGUACAGCUAUGAUGCUAGAGCAUGGGUAGGCAAACUAAGGCCUGGGGGCCUGAUCCGGCCCAAUUGCCUUCUAAAUCCGGCCCACAGGCAGGUCCCACAAAUAACCCAGAGAUGCAUUUUAAAUAAAAGGACACAUUCUACUCAUGUAAAAACACGCUGAUUCCUGGACCGUCCAUGCGCCGGAUUUAGAAGGCAAUUGGGCCGGAUCCAGCCCCCGGGCCUUACUUUGCCUACUCCAUGUCCUAGGUCCAAUCCUGGACAUCUUCAGGUCUGGUUGGGGAAAGACUCUUGGCUGAAACCCUGGAGAGACCUGCUUCCAGCCAGUGUAGGUAGGUUGAUGAAUGAUCUGACUCAGUAGAAGGCACCUUUCUCUGUUCUCCUUGAAAGCCACUUAGCCUGAAUCCCACCAAGAGAUUCCCAUUAUGAGAGUGGAUUCCUGAUGUGGACUGGGUGUUUGCAGUUUGUGCGUGUGUGGAACUUCUCUUUAGAACUGCCUUGCUGAUCCUUUCGUUGGCGCUGAAUAUGCUGGUUGUUUCUUCACUCCUGGCAUCUCCCCAGCUGGCUGGGUUUUUUUUGGGGGGGGGGGGUUAUCCAGCAAACCUGGUGGUGUCUCUCUGUGCGUAGUGUUUUUAAAACCUGAUCUGUGGGUCUGACCACCCACCGUUGCUCUUCUGAGAAUUCCCCUUCCACGCCCUGCCAAAGGCUCCUUCCUGGGACUUAGCAGCCUCUGGCAAACCUUGUUAAGGCAUCUCUGAAAGUCCCAGAUAAGAGCCUCUUCUCCAAAUGCUGGUUUCUCUUCCCCUCUCCUUUUUAAAUUUCUGAAUUUGUCCUUUCUCUCCCUUUGUGUCCUGCCUUCCUCUCUGUUUAUCCUUCAGGGUUCAUUGGGCGUUAAAACCUCUUCUGCAGCCUGCUAUAUUUUUAUUCUUCUUUUUUUCCUCUUUCAGAAGCAGCAACAAACCAGGAAACAAGAUGUCAGACUCCAAGUAUUUCACCACCACCAAGAAAGGUAAUAUGGGUUGCUUUUAGAUUUUAUGUGUGUGUGUGUGUGUGUGAGAGAGAGAGAGAGAGAGAGAGAGAGAGAGAGGUGUGUGUGUGAGAGAGAGAGAGGUGUGUGUGUGUGUGUGUGAGAGAGAGAGAGAGAGAGAGAGAGAGGUGUGUGUGUGUGUGUGUGAGAGAGAGAGAGAGAGGGGUGUGUGUGUGUGUGUGUGAGAGAGAGAGAGAGAGAGAGGUGUGUGUGUGUGAGAGAGAGAGAGAGAGAGAGAGAGAGAGUGUGUGUGUGUGUGUGUGAGAGAGAGAGAGAGAGAGUGUGUGUGUGUGUGUGUGAGAGAGAGAGAGAGAGAGAGUGUGUGUGUGUGUGUGAGAGAGAGAGAGAGUGUGUGUGUGUGUGUGAGAGAGAGAGAGAGAGUGUGUGUGUGUGUGUGUGAGAGAGAGAGAGAGAGAGAGUGAGAGAGAGAGAGAGAGAGAGAGGUGUGUGUGUGUGUGUGAGAGAGAGAGAGAGAGAGAGAGAGAGUGUGUGUGUGUGUGUGUGUGUGUGUGAGAGAGAGAGAGAGAGAGAGAGAGAGAGGUGUGUGUGUGUGUGUCUAGGGCCUGAUUUCCACAAAUGGCAAUCCAAUCAAGGUUAUAAAAUUGUUCCAGGACUCUUUCCAUGUCAGAGUGGCAGGUUAGGCUCUCCCUAACCAUAGGAGGAGAAGCCAUUCCUUGCACACAGAAAACAUAUCAGGGAGACAUGUUUGAUGUGUUUUUUAAUAUUUUAAUAUAUGCUGCAAGCCAGCCAGAGUAAUAUACAUUUUAAUAUAUGCUGUAAGCUGCCCAGAACGGUGGUAUUAUUGUUAUCAUCAUCGUCAUCAUUAUUUUCUUUUUUUAUUGUUUGUUGCUUUAUUAGUUUUAACAAGAAAAAUUACAAUCACCCAAAAAUAACAAAAGAAUACUACGAUUUACAAAGGAUAAAUUAAAUUCUUACAACAUAACUUCCGUUGUGACUUCCAGUCACCCCCUCGAGGGUCCUGGUCAUCAUUAUUUUCUAUGCCUGCCUCCUUCCUGAAAUGCUAUUUUUCAAUAUGCAGAAAUCUCUUUCUCUCCCCCUCCCCCUUCAAAAAAAGGGAGAAAACUCUCAACCAUGCGGGAGAGCUUAAAGAAACAUGAUUUUUAGUUAGUUAUUUUAUAUUUUUGGUAAUGUAUAAAAAAGGCUAUAAAGACAGAUGAAAAAUAUAAUUUGAAGAACAAAACAAUAAAAUAGGCGCGCAGAAUAAGUACAGUUGCAGAUGGGUUAAAAUAGCAAAGGCGAAAGAAGAAAGUGAGAAUAAAUGUUUCCUUCGCAUGAAUAAUAUUAGUGUUACUUGGUUGUCAAGUCUAGUUCGGUUCUGUUGUGCAUGUAAUUAAAGGAAUGGCAAAACAUAUAACAAGUUUCUGGAGAUUCUAAUAUUUUUAUUUAUGAAUUUAUAUGAAUCGCCUUUUGCAUAUAUCUCAAGGCAACUUAUAGGCUCCCCCCCCCAUUUAUUUUAAUAACUUGCAUACCAUCAAGCAUCGGUAUCUCUAAGCAGCUUAUAUAAGUUAACAGCCAUGAAACCACAAGCAAAAUUUAAGCACGCAGCAUUGAAAUACUAGAAGUAAAAUGUUUAAAGUGAAGUGAUGCCUAUGGGCUUGUUGCAGCGCCUUCAGAGACAGGGCAUAGUUCUCCCAUUACCCAGGCUGAAAUCCUAAACCCAGGGGUCAGCAACCUUUUUCAGCCGUGGGCCGGACCAUAAUCCCUCAGACCAUGUGGUAGGCCGGACUAUAUUUUGGAAAAAAAAUAAUGAACAAAUUCCUAUGCCCCACUAAUAACCCAGAGAUGCAUUCUAAAUAAAAGCACACAUUUUACUCAUGUAAAAACACCAGGCAGGCCCCACAAAUAACCCAGAGGUGCAUUUUAAAUAAAAGCACACAUUUUACUCAUGUAAAAACACCAGGCAGGCCCCACAAAUAACCCAGAGGUGCAUUUUAAAUAAAAGGACACAUUCUAUUCAUGUAAAAACACCAGGCAGGACCCACAAAUAACCCAGAGGUGCAUUUUAAAUAAAAGGACACAUUCUACUCAUGUAAAAACAUUCUGAUUCCCAGACCGUCCGCGGGCCGGAUUGAGAAGGUGAUUGGGCCAGAUCCAGCCCCCAGGCCUUAGGUUGCCUACCCCUGCCCUAAACUGUGGUUAAUCUUAACUGCUACCUGUUGAAACAAUCCAACACACAACUGUGCAAAGCAACUCAAAAUAGUUUUAAAAGGGUAUACAAAAAGCAACCGAAGGUAGCUGUUCCUUUUGCAUUUGUUUUUAAACCUAAGGCAGAAACCUUUUUUCCAGCUUGAAAAGCCGGCCAAAACAGAAAAACGCCUUCACCUUGUUUCCGCAGGAUGGGAGCAUGCCAUAUGUCAACAGGGAUGCUGUUCCAUGAAACCGGGGCAGCUGCGCCGAAGGAUGAUGAUGAUGAUUAUUUUAGUUUUUCGUUGUUCUUAAUCUCUUUUUAAAUUGAAGGAUUAUUACAUCCUGCAUUUUGUCUGCUGCCUCUGGGAUUUGUUCGGAUGAGCGGCAAUUCAGAAACCUGCAAAAUAAUUCAUAAGCUGGUUGGAGAGCAUAGGAAGCAGAAUAUUGAUUCAUUUCCCACGUCGCUUUGCCCGCCCCCCUUGCCAAAGCAGACUCUGAAAACCUGAAUUGUGGAGGCAGAACGCAUGAGCAAGUGGUGGCUCUGUGGUAGAGUCAUCUGCCCAGCAUCUCCUGGCAGGGCCGGGAGAGCCUGAAACCUGGGAGAGUGGCUACCUGUCAGUGUAGACAAUAAUAAUGAUAAUAGUAAUAAUAAUAAUUUUUAUUUAUACCCCGCCCUCCCCAGCCAAGCCCGGGCUCAGGGCGGCUAACAAGCAAUAAUAAAAACAAGUUGAAUGAAUACAACUUAAAAACAAGAUUAAAAUACAACAAUUAAAAUAUUGAAACAUUAAAAUAUUAAAAUGCAGCCUCAUCACAGGAGGAGAAAGGAAAAAGAAAGAGGGGGAGGGAAUCACAUUGGCUCCAAGCCAAAGGCCAGGCGGAACAACUCUGUCUUACAACCCCUGUGGAAAUAAAUCAGAUCCUGCAGGGCCCUGGUCUCAGGAGGCAGAGCGUUCCACCAAGCCGGAGCCAGUGUUGAAAAGGCCCUGGCUCUGGUUGAAGCUAAUCUAACUUCCUUAGGGCCCGGGACCACUAGGGUGUUGCUAUUUAUCGACCUUGAGGCUCUCCGUGGGGCAUACCGGGAGAGGCGGUCCCGUAGGUACGAGGGCCGCAGGCCGUGAAGGGCUUUAAACCAGCACCUUAAAUCUGACCCUGUACUCCACCGGGAGCCAGUGCAGCCUGAAAAGCACUGGGUGAAUAUGCUCCCAUGGCAGAGACCCCGUGAGGAGCCUCGCUGCAGCGUUCUGCACCCGCUGGAGUUUCUGGGACAGCUUCAAGGGCAGCCCUGCGUAGAGCGAAUUACAGUAGUCAAGCCUGGAGGUGACCGUCGCAUGGAUCACUGUGGGUGAUACUGGGUUAGAUGUGCCAUUGGCCACCUGGCAUUAUCUAAUUUUUUGGGUGUUCAUAGCUUAAAGGUAGAGCAUCUGCUUUGUCUGCAGAAGGUCCCAGAUUCAACCCCCAGGGGCAUCUCCAGGUGGGGCUGGGAAAGACUGGCACCUUAGAGAGCUGCUGCCAGUCUGUGUUAGCAGUACUGAGCUAGACUGGGCUUCCUGUGUAAGCUGCUGCUCUUGAGUGCUGUUGUGCUGCCUGUUGGGGUACUUUCUCUAGGUGCUGAGCGGGACCUCCUGCCACCUUGAUUUAAACUUCCACGGUUUUUCCCCCCCUCUCCAGGGGAGAUAUUUGAGCUGA